UCAUGACAACUCAAACCGGAAAAAGAAAAGACAGAGAAAACGAGAAGAUGGAAGUUGAAUCUGUUGCAGCGGCACAAGUAGUUGCAGCUGAAGAGAGAGAGGAGAGCCACCGCGUCAUAUGCCAGCUCACGGACCCGGAAGGAACGCCGCUCGGGUCGCCAAUUUUCCUUCCGGAAACUGCUGGCCCUAAGGAACUCCAGCAGCUCGUCAAUCAACUCCUCAACAACGAGGAAAAAUUGCCUUAUGCCUUUUAUGUGUCAGACCAUGAGCUUGCAGUGCAGCUUGGAUCAUACCUUCAAAAGAAUAAAGUUUCCGUGGAGAAGGUCAUUACAAUAGUUUACCAGCCCCAGGCAGUAUUUCGAAUACGUCCAGUGACUCGAUGUUCUUCAACUAUUGCUGGUCAUACUGAAGCGGUGCUUUCUGUUGCCUUUAGCCCGGAUGGACGCCAUUUGGCUAGUGGAUCAGGUGAUACGACUGUUCGUAUGUGGGAUUUGAAUACACAGACACCAUUAUUUACAUGUAAAGGACACAAGAACUGGGUUCUUUGUAUUGCAUGGUCACCAGAUGGUAAGUAUCUUGUAAGUGGAAGCAAGGCUGGAGAACUGAUAUGCUGGGACCCACAGACGAGCAAAUCAUUGGGAAAUCCACUUAUGGGGCACAAGAAAUGGAUAACUGGAAUUUCAUGGGAGCCAGUGCAUCUUAGUGCUCCAUGCCGCCGCUUUGUCAGUGCAAGUAAAGAUGGCGAUGCAAGGAUAUGGGAUGUUGCUUUGAAAAAAUGUAUUAUAUGCCUGACUGGACAUACACUGGCCAUAACCUGUGUGAAAUGGGGAGGCGAUGGAUUCAUAUAUACUGGAUCUCAGGAUUGCACAAUUAAAAUCUGGGAGACUUCACAAGGAAAGCUAAUUAGGGAAUUGAAGGGCCAUGGGCAUUGGGUGAAUUCAUUGGCACUGAGUACUGAGUAUGUUCUCCGAACUGGUGCCUUUGAUCACACUGGUAAACAGUAUUCAUCUCCAGAGGAAAUGAAGCAGGUUGCUUUGGAAAGAUAUAAUAAGAUGAGGGGAGCUGCUCCUGAAAGAUUGGUGUCAGGUUCAGAUGACUUUACCAUGUUUCUAUGGGAACCUGCUGCCAGUAAACACCCCAAAAAUCGCAUGACUGGUCAUCAACAGCUUGUAAAUCAUGUUUACUUUUCUCCUGAUGGGCAAUGGAUCGCAAGUGCCUCCUUUGAUAAAUCAGUCAAAUUAUGGAAUGGAGUAACUGGAAGUUUUGUGGCUGCCUUCCGUGGUCAUGUUGGGCCUGUUUAUCAAAUAAGCUGGUCAGCUGAUAGUAGACUGCUUCUGAGUGGAAGCAAAGACUCAACUCUUAAGGUUUGGGAUAUUCGUACACAGAAGCUGAAACAAGAUCUUCCAGGACAUGCAGAUGAAGUGUUUGCAGUUGACUGGAGUCCAGAUGGUGAGAAAGUAGCAUCUGGUGGUAAGGAUAAGGUUCUGAAGCUAUGGAUGGGCUAGGCAUCACCAUUAUAGAUUGCGUUUUAGCCAGAACUUGAAUCGCUGUUGCAUGCAUCAUAUAAAUCUAGCGGUGAUCAAAAUUCACCGCCACAACAGUUUUGCAAAUGUGCAGAGCAUCUUCUUCUGGCCACUUUGGGUAUGUGUUAUAAGAUGAGGUGGUGGCUGCUAUCAAAGCUGCAUAUUUACAUUUGUCAUUUUUUCCCUCGAUGGAGGUUUCUUGAGUUAUUACGAAGUUAUAGGUUAAAUUGUGAUCACAUGAUGAUUUUUUACCUUGACUUUAAUUUUGUAGUGUACAACUUUACAUUAUCUGUACAAUAUUCAUUUGUUCACUUA